AUGGCGCCCGCCCACUCACCGGCACAAGGCCAGGCUGGCACAGACGACCCAAGGCAGAAAAAGCGAUCAAGGGUGGAAAAGCUGCCUCGGCUUCCUGAAGGCUCCAAGAUUCAGAAGCGCGCGCUCGCACGCCCGCAGCAGCCCGUCUCGUCCAACUCGAGGUACAUCUGCGUCGGCGCAAAGUGCUCCUUCAUGUCCGUCGUCUCGCGCGUCCGCGCCCAGCUCGACAGGUCGCUCAAGCACACGGCGCCGUCGACGCGUGGCCUGAACCUGAACCAGCGCAUCGACCUGCUGCACCGCGACGGCGGGACCAAGGGCCGCGACGGCGAGGCCGUGGUGCUCGGGGCCGGGAGGGCCGUCGAGAGGGUCCUGGCGGUCGCCGCAUGGUUCGAGGAGCAGAGCGACUGCGUCGUCGAGGUGCGGACCAAGACGGUGCGGGUCGUGGACGACGUCGUGCUUGAGGGCGAGGAGGAGGGGGGUUUCGAGGACGAGAGCCGGGUGAGGAAGGUGAGCGGGCUGGAGGCUAUUGUGAGGUUGAGAUGA